GUGGGGCUAGGCAACACUACUGAGAAAAACAAGUCAAUGCACUUUCAUUUUCUGCUGACAUAAAAGAAACAGAAAGGCGGGCUUCAGAAACCGCCUGCCUGGCUAACUUACAGCACUCAGACUCCGGCAGGAUCAUGGCUAUGAUGGAAGGUCAGGGGGGACCCAGCCCCGGGCAGACCUGCGUGCUGAUCCUGAUCUUCACAGUGCUCCUGCAGUCCCUCUGUGUGGCCGUAACUUACUUGUACUUCACCAAUGAGCUGAAGCAGUUUGCAGAAAAUGACUGUCAGAGACUAAUGUCUGGGCAGCAGAGACGGUCAGUGCUGCCAUCUUGUCUAUCCUGCUGAUUCUACCCUGCUGAGCUCAAGCCCCAACAAGGACUGGUUGACCCUGGCCUAGCCAACCACCAUGUUUGUAACAGCACCAAGAGCAGUCACCAUGGAAAUCCACUUUUCAGAACCAAGAGCUCCUGGAGCUGAAGAACAGGCACCCACUGCAAGAGCUUUCUUGUCAAGGGCACGCAAAUGAAAAUAACCCACCUACACAAUCUCCUGCCCCCAGUGCCCAGGCGUGGUUAGUUAGAUAGUAGACCUCAGCCUAUGAUAUGCUGCAGGAAAUUCAUACUUUGAAGUGGAAAGGCUGGGAGGAGGCAGGUGGAGGCAUAUCAUGCUCAUGAUCAUUCUUAGAAUAACCACAGCACCCCACGUCAACCCGCCAUCUGUCUAGUCACCAGUAUGGCCAAGUUCUAUAGAAGAAACUACUAACGAGCAAGAUGCAAGAAAUAUGUGAGGGCGAAGAAGGUGACUGGGGCUUCCUCUCUGGAUUUCUAGUGUUCAGAAAUCAAUACUUAUGCAUAAAAAGGUCUAGAAAGAGAAACACCAAAACGGCAAUGUGAUCUCUAGAUGGUAUGAUUAUGAGUGCUUUUUAUUCCUUUUUAUUUUUCUAUAUUUUACAAAUUUUCAAAUAUCCAUGCCAUACAUGUAUUAUCUUCAUACAGAUUUAAAGAACACAGCAUUUUUAUAUAGUCUUAUGUGAAAACAACCAUACUCAAAAUUGUGCACACGCAUGCAGUCUGAUCUUGCCCUUGUAAACAAGAGACAUCCUCCAAAGGUUCACUAGGAGGUGGGAGUACAGCAGCUGUUAGUGGUUGUGAUUUUGUUUGUGUGAUUUACUGAUUAAUUUUGGAGUGGUUUUUUUUUCUAACUUUUGGAAAUGUGUUCUUUACUUUUCCAUGCUUCCCAGUUUGCCUGUGUAUCCUGACUGUAUCCAGGCUUUAUGAACUCCUGGGUAAUCAUGUAACUACAUUAGCUUGUCAAUCACCCAUCCA